AUGGCAGGCGUCCGUUUUGAAAAGACGAACCCGGACCUCAUUGAGUCAUGGAAGGAUUAUCAUUGGAAGAAAGCAACAAAUGAUUUCGUGAACGAUGAUGCUCGCCAAGAUUAUGAAAAACUGAAGGCUGAUUUUGAGUUACAAACUCAGCAAACAUCCACUGAUGCUUCUAAUAAUGAUAGUCCAUCAUCAGUUGAUCAGGUGGAGGUGUUACAAAAUGUAUUAGGCCAAAGGCGUGGACAUGUGCGAGGAGUGGGCCACAAAUUGAAGGGGUCGGGGUCAGGGUCGAGGUCGGGGUCGGGGUCAUCAUCUACCCAACACUCUCACUUCAACGGGUCUCAAGUUCCUCCUCAUCAUUCGAGAGAAUAUAUAGAAAAAUUGGAGAAUAAUCUACAGAAAUUGACUGAUCAAGUUAAUUUCUUAACUCAAUAUUUUGUACCUUCAUUUCAUCCACCAAACGUUCAGAUGCCGCCUGUGCCUGAUAGUGACAAUAUUUCUAGGGCUUCGUCUUCUCAACCUCCAGCUCCAACUCAUCCUUCUAUGUACGGGGCAGCGCCGUCUCAACAUAUGGUACCUCCAUAUAUGUACGAAGCAACACCUUAUCUGUGUUCGAUUUCACCGUCCUCCCAGCCAUCGUAUCCCUACAUGUAUGGAGCUGGAUUGUCCACAUUACCUCCCCAAUAUCCUUGGCCGAUGCUGCCACUGCAGCAAUCACAACCACAGCCACCGCAACAACCACAACAAGAAGACAAUAGGGAGGAGGACGAUGCAGCUGAUUUAGGAGACUAG